CAAACUUAAGGGCGUCACUUUCAUCGGUGGCAAAUUCUGAAAUUUUCCCCUCUCCGCUAGGGUUUUGGACCGUGAGAAGCUAGCGGGGCGGUGCUGCGAGGGGUCGGAGGAGUAGCGGCGUAGGGGUGUGCGAUGGCGCUCACAAAUUUCAUCCUGACGGUGGUGGGGGUGGGCGCGGCAGUGAUGCUGCUGCGGAGCGACGUCAGGCAGUCGGCCACCGUCUUCCGCCGCAACGUGCGCCACAUAAGGAACUGGCUCGAGGAGGAGUCCGCCGCCGCCGCUAAAUCUACUGAGCGAUCUUCAGUGAAGGAGUUGGAGUCCCAGUCUGCCAAGAAUGAUGCUGCACCCAAGGAGGACAAGCAUUAGAUGGUCUUACACCCUUUUUCGUAAAGUGCAUUGGUAGUCCAGGAUUUUUAAAAUAGUACUUGUAAAAAAUGUUUUGUAGGAUCGUUAAUCUCGGUGAAGAUUUUACUCAAUAAUGGGGGAUAUGUGAGGUUCACGGUUAUGAAAUAGUACUUGCAAAAAGGGUUCUUUAAUCUCGAUGAGAUCUUUUGCUCUAAUGUUGGAUAUAUGGGCAUUCUGCCUAGUAUUAUAUUUUUUGUAGUUGAAAUGAAUCCAUAUUUGCAAUGAAGGUGAAAUGUUGUUCA